AUGCCGCCUACAACCAGAAAGAGAACAGCAAAGAUGGCUGCGAUUGAAGAAGAAGAGAGCGGGCCCAGUGAAGAUCCAGCUAACCCUGAACAACAGCCUUCACCAGGGCAGGGCUCCACACAUGGCAGCUCGAAGGAUGCACAGGGGGAAACAGACCCGGAACUUUUUGCGAAUGAGAAUGAUACAGCCCCCCCUGGGGCCAAAAGGGCAAAAACGAGUACAACCAAGAGCACGUCUGAGGAUGGGGACACGGUUGAGAACGAAAGCACAACUGAGAACCAGGACCAGCCAGCACAGGCACCGGGACCGAUACGAACAAAGAAAAUGCGUAAGCAGCGUCGUAGGAAAGGUCAAUCAUGUGAUCGAUGCCAGAGGGCAGAAAUUGAAGGGUGGAGAGCGCGAGUCAUGCAGCUGGAACAACAGCUGCAAUCCAACGGGAUCGUGCCCAUAACGAACCAGGCAGCAAAUACACAGAACCAACAGUCGGUAAGCGGAAAUGCUGUUCUUGCUGCACUCCCCCGUGGGCCUCUAGACCAUCUCGACCCAUAUCAGGCUUAUCUGAACAUGGCUAACAAUGCUAAUAUUGCUAAUCCUUAUGCAGGGGACCCACAAGUCUCUGCCACACAGGGGAAGCAGAACCUGACAGAUGGGUUCCAGCUCCCUCAACCAAACAUGACAUUCCAGCAGCAGGUCCAGAAUGGCAAUGCUGAAGCUGGUUCAUCGACAGCUCCCAUGCAGGCACAGGCGGCUGCCCAAGGAGCUCAGGCUGGUAAUUUCCCUUACCAAGCCCAGGUUGGUGAAGAUGACUAUAACCCUCAACCAGGCAAUGUGACAAUUGCUAACCGUAAUUUGGGGGACAAUCAAAUUGCAGGAGGCCAAUAUAUGGCCAUGCAAGGCCCUGGAGCUCAGGCUGCUGAUGUCCAGAAUACCGGUGUCCAAAUGAAACCCCAGUGGAAUUAUUUUAGCCAGAAACCAGGGAGUCAGAAUUACCAGCAGGCCCAAGAUUACAAUCAGAAUCAGACCUUAGAUCAGAAUAUUCAGCAGCAGAGUUUCCAGCAAAAUCCUCUACCACAGGAUUUUAACUCGAACCUUGAAUUGCAGAAUUCCGAGCAGCUUCCGCAUUUAAACGAGGGAUUCCAGUCGAACGCUGGACCUCCGGGUUACUAUCUUACUGGAGCUUCAGGUGACUACCAAAUGCCUCCAGAUACUAGCACUAACGCUCAGUAUAACGCCCAUCGGCCCCAGUAUCAACGUCAGCCUCAGGCCCAACCUAAUAACGACGCUAUGGAAACCAGCCCCAUUGCUGGCCACCCCCAGCCUCCUGAAGCCCAAGCAAACCCCACUACCGGCGAUGAUGACUUCCACGGACUUCCUUCCAUCGGAGACAGAGGAAGGGAAAGCAGCCUCCCAAUGGACAUUGACGCCAUGAUUGCUGCCAUGCAGGCUGCAAAGGCCAGUCUAGCACAACCCAAUAUUACUGGUGACAGUGACGGUGAUAUCCUUGGAGUCGCUCCCAUGGAGAACCUAGUAUAUGGCCUCCUUCAUGAUACGAGUCCGAUGCAUACUACACCUGACUUAAGAAUGUUUACCAUGGAUGUUCCAGGGAACGAUAAUAACCACAACCAAAACAGCCAGAGGGCUAACAAUCAAAAUAAUUCUAACCCCCUGCCUAGUAACCCUCAACUUAUAUCCUUUGGACCCCCUGGGAGUCAGCCGGGUAACCCACCUCCCGACCGACGAGAAUGGCAGCCUGGUCGGUGA